AUGUAUCUCCCUCAAUGGGUCGCCGGCACUCUCGCCAUCCUCUCUGGCUCGUCUAAGGUGGCGACCUGGCCCACCGAGGAACCAGUUUACUUCAUUUCCAAAGACGGCAGCGACCGCCGCUACCUGACCGUUCCCAGCGAGGAGGGCGCCAUACCCACCCUUAACAAGCUCAAGGGCAAGACGCCGCCCGACGAUGGCGUAUGGGUCCUCGAGACGGUCUUCAUGCUUCCUGUUCACUGGGUGAGGCACGCUGAUAGUGAUCUCUGCCUGACUGCCGAGUACGACGAGGACAAGGUCCUCACCGAGGGAGUGUUCCUCGGCGAGUGUGGACGUCUCGACGAGGAAGGCAACGGAGCCGCUUGGAUGGCCCAGACUGAAAAUGGCGUCACGCAGCUGUUCCUCGCGGACCAUUUCCAGUACCGUCUUGCUCACAAUGGCGAUGCCGUGGGAGUCGUCCCCGAGGGCACCGAGGGAUGGAGCUUUGACUGGGACAUGCCUGAUAUCCCGACGGAUUAG